AGCUCAGGCAUUGAAUCCAUUAGCAACAGCAGCGAAGGAGAGAGUGCAGCAGGGACAGGGAGGGAGAAAAUAAAAACAGAAACAGAGAGAGAAAGAAAGAGAGAGAAACGAGAGUUCACAGAGAGACAGGGAGAGAAUCAGACAGAGACACAGCGAUGGCUGACGAUGAGGAGGAGGUUGUGUCGGGUCCAGUUUGCUCAUACCUCACGUACAAGUCCGAGGGGGACCGGCUGUACAUGCUGGGGGAGUAUGAGAAGGCCAUCAACAGUUACACACAUGCUCUUCAACAAGAACCAAAGAACAGGAACUGUCUGGUUGCCCGUUCCCGAUGCUACCUGGCAAUGGGAAACACUACACUUGCUUUGAAGGAUGCAGAGGCCUCCCAGUUGGGCAAUAAGGAGUUCUAUAAGGGCCUUUAUCGAAAGGCUGAAAGCCUUUACGCUAAAGGUGAGUUUGAACUUGCAUUAAUGUUCUAUCAUCGAGGACAUAAACUCCGUCCAGAUGACCGGAAUUUCCGCCUGGGAAUUCAGAAAGCUCGGGAAGCAAUCGACAAUUCAGUUGGAAGCCCUUCCUCAGUGAAGCUUGAAACUAGAGGCGACCUGUCCUUCUUUUACAGAAGAGAGGAGAAAGUCCUACCAAAAACCAAAUCUCAAUUGCGAAGGCAGAAAUUAAACCUGAAGCAGCAGAGUAUGAAAACUGAACAGGAUGCACCGAAAACCAAUAAAACAGUGCGAGUGCUUCUGGGAGAGCUAUAUGGAGACAAGGAGUACCUGGAGAAUCUGCUCCUUGACAAGGAACUGAUGAAAACCAACACAGAAAGUGGAGGCACCAUCCAGGAACUGAUCGUGAACGGGAUCACAUUCCUGGAUACACGCACUGAGUUCUGGAGGCAGCAGAAACCUAUCUUCGCCCGAGAGCGUGAGCAGCGAAUAAAGGCACAAAGCUGGAAAACCCAAAGGAAGCAAGCUGAGACAGAGCAAACAACCUUCAUCCUCCAGCGCAUGGAGGAGAUCGACAUGUUGUUGGCUGAUGGUUAUCCUGAGGAAUGUAAGACUAAGGCCAUGGAAUUGGUGCAAAUUGUGAAAGAGUGGUCACAGAGAGAGGUUCCUAACAAGGCUGAAUUCCUGGGAAACCUGUAUAACACCAUCGGGCUCGCCCAAGUUGAGCUGGGAGAAUUUGAGGAUGCUCUGACAAGUCAUCAGAAAGACCUGCAAAUUGCCAGGAAAUUUGACAACCUAGAAGCAAAAUCAAGAGCCCUCGACAACAUCGGCAGAGUGUACGCAAGGAUCGGUGAAUUUUCAAAGGCUGUGGAGGUUUGGUCAGAGAAGGAACCUCUAACGAAAACCCACCUUGAACGUACUUGGCUCUUCCAUGAGAUUGGGCGAUGCCACCUGGAACUCGGCAACAACGUGGAAGCUCGAGAUUACGGUCUGAAGGCUUUGGCAUCGGCGCAAAAGACGGGAGAUGAAGAGUGGAAAAUGAACGCCAAUGUACUUGUGGCGCAGGCUGAACUUAAACAAAGCAAACUUCAGACGGCAGUCACAUUCUUUGAACAGGCAUUGAGCAAAGCCAGGCUGCUGAAUGAUGAGCCAGCACAGGAGGCAAUCUCAAAUGCGCUGAAAGAUAAUAAAAGGCAGAUCGAGCAGGCUGAGCAGUUGAAACAGAAGGAAAUUGAGCAGCUACAAGAGAAACAGAGAGCCCAUCGGCUGAAACACUUAAAGAUACUUCUUGAUCAGACAGUUCCGUCUCGAGAGGGAACUGAGCAAGAUGCCAGCCAGAUUGAGGAACAAGCACCUGAAACCGUUGAGAGUGAAGGAGGUGCUGUGUCUGAGGAUGCCAACCAGGCUGAGGAACAAUUGCCUGAAAAUGUUGAGAGUGAAGGAGUUGUGGCUGAGGAUGACAAACAGGUUGAGGAAGAAGUGCCUGAAAAGGUUGAGAGUGAAGGAGCCAUGUCUGAGGAUGCCAACCAGGCUGAGGAACAAUUGCCCGAAAAAUUUGACAGUGAAGAAGUCAUGUCUGAGGAGACAAAGACACAAAGUGGUGACACAGAAAACACAACCAGAGAAGUUAAAUUAGAGCAAGGAGAAACAGCAGAGGAUGGUGAAAUAGAAAAGGAGACAGCAGAAGAGGUUGAAGCAGAAAAAGAAGAGUCAGCAGAAGUGACAGAAAAAGAAGAAACAGGGGAUGACAUUGAAAAUGAAAAAGAAGAAGCUGCGGAUGAAGAGACAGAUAAAGGAGAGACUGCAGAGGAAGCUGCAGCGCCAAAGAAUGAGUGAAACAUGUCAGGGAAUAAUUCUUCUCAGCCCACCUUUGUUGAUGUGAUAAUGUCUAGAAGCAUAUCUCCGUGUAACUAACUUUGUUUUUAUUAAUAAAUGAUAUUACCUUUAAUUUUUAAGUCCGGCCCUUGUAAGCAUGAAGACAUUGCUAUAAAUACAGAUUAUAAAUAA